AUGCUGGGAGUUCUGUUUGCCGCGGUCCUCUUCGCCACGGCUCAAGGCGACAUGAUACGUCGACUCCAUUGCUCUUCUUAUGUGAGAAAACACUUCGGAAAAGGAAGUCCACAGUUCAGAAUGAUCCGAUGACGACCUUGGGCCGUUCUUGGCCUGUGUAUCUUUCCUUGGAACGGCCCUUGGAAUACGGGGACCGUCUCCGGUUUUCCUUCGUUUUCAAUUCUCAAAACAACGAGUUCGUUUUAUGUCCAUACAUAUAACAGUAAUUCACAUAUGUAUCCAAAGCUGGCUAACCUGCAAGUAGAACUUUUAAAGUUCUAAAAUCCUUGGAAUCUAGAGAUUUUUAAGUUUCCGUUCUUUUCACCCUUCCAGACAAAACAUUAGUUUUCGCCAGUCCAAAACAUUAAUUUCAUAUGAUCACUUCACUUUUUGAACGGUGUUCCGCCGUAACCCCUUGAAAAGAAACAGAAAACGGCAAUAUAAGAUUUUGGUAAAUUUUCACCAAGGUUAUUUGUCUUCCAGUCAUAAUAUUCAUCUGCAAUGCUUCUAAAAAGAAGCGCCAUUCUUCCUAUCAUUUGUAGUUUUUGUUAACCUGAGAACGAUGCAGCUUGGGGAUCGACCUGCGAAGCUACGACAGGGAUCUUCCAUGGGACCAGAACCUCAUCACGCUGCAUUUGCGCUUCAACCAGAACCAACAUCGUCUCGUAAUCAACGCGCAUGACGUCAGUGUUCAACAACUAUUUGCCAAAUGUGCACAGAUCGAUUUCAGACGCCUGGAAACUGGCAGAACAACGAGCAGUCCAUCCCGUGGCGAGACAACUGGAGACACAACAGUCUGUACAAGAUAGAAAUUCUGUGAGUUCUACCUCACGACUUUGUCGUAACAGUAAAUGGAAUCGUUUUGAUUCUUGAUUGUUUCAGGUACACAAGAGGAGGUUUCGAGAUCUACGAGUUGUCAUCUCAGGGAACCGAGUUGAUCGCGACUUUUGCGAACAAACACCGCCGCCACGAGCUGAUCACAUCCACGGACAAUUCUUUCACCUUCAGCGAGGCCCAGUUCGUUUGCAUGGGACACUGA